AUGCGUCCUACCUCUUUCCUCUCCAUAUCCACCGUUUGCGCAGCAGGUCUGUCAAACGCAACCUAUAUCAUCAAAGACUCCUACAACAAAACCAACUUCUUCGACGGCUUCUCAUUCUUCUCUGGUGGUGAUCCGACCCAUGGAUUCGUCGCCUACCAAACCGCCAUCAGCUCGAAUAACUCGCAGCUCGCGGGUUACAGCGAAGGAGGAACUAUAUAUUUAGGCGUCGACAGCACGACGGUCAAACCACAAGGAGGUCGACAGUCUACACGUCUCGAAUCGAAAAAGAGCUGGACGAAAGGUCUUUUUGUGGCGGAUGUUAAACAUAUGCCUGGAAAUGCUUGUGGGAUCUGGCCUGCUUUUGUGCGUUAUUCCUCGUCCCUUCCUCCCAUUUCUUUCCUUUCAUCCAAAUCCCAACUUCAAAGCCAUCCAAAGCAACAAGAACAAAAACCUAACACCCCCCCAGUGGACCUUCGGCGAGACCCCCACCCACCCCUGGCCCCAAAUGGGCGAAAUCGACAUCCUCGAAGGCGUCAACACCCAAACCAACAACUCCGUAACCCUCCACACUAGCAGCGGCUGCACCAUCUCAUCCGCCGGCACCUCCCCGCUCUCCAACCUCCAAGGCACCAACUGUGAAGGCACCACGGGAUGCUCCUCACACUCCAAUAACCCCGCCUCCUUCGGCGACGCCUUCAACGCCGCCGGCGGGGGUGUCUACGCCAUGGAAUGGACAUCCUCUUUCAUCGCCGUGUACUUCUUUCCUCGUGACUCCAUCCCCGCUGAUCUCCUGGAUGUGAAUGGCACGCCAGAUACGAGGGCGUGGCCGGCUCCUAUGGCGAGGUUUAGUGGGGGCGGUUGUGAUGUUGAGAAACACUUUAAGGAGCAUCGGAUGGUUUUUAAUACGGCGUUCUGUGGGGAUUGGGCGGGGACGAGGGAGACGUGGGAGAAGGAUGGGAAGUGUAGGGCGUUGGCGGGGACGUGUAGGGGGUAUGUUGAGUUGCAUCCUGAGGCUUUUGUGGAGGGGUAUUGGUUGAUUCAUUCGGUGAGGGUUUUUGAGGAGGAGUAGGGGGUGCGUCCUCGCCUGUUUCUUUGCUAUCUCCCUCUCACCCUCGCGCGCUCCCCACCCCCUCCAAAAAACAAAGUCCCAUCGCAACCAACACCGCUACACCCCCCAAAUGAAAUCAACAAAGAAAAAAAGGGAAUUCCAAAAAAAAUCCUCACCCUCAAAGAAGGCGGUCUCGGCCUCGGGCUUAUUAAUAAACCAGACAGACGAACUGAGUUUCUUUGCGGUUUGCACUAGUCAAUCUACGAGUAAAGUAAAGCUCUCACCAAUGUUUUGCUUCCAUGAAGCUACGCAGGCAUGUACCGGACGGGUGUUACGCAAGGAUAUGAGUGCGAAGGGGCCAAUGUAUGUAGUGAUAAUUGUUUGGGGGAUGGAAGGGAUGGAAAGAUUGAGUGUGUUACUCGAGUAGGAGAGCUAGCUGUGUUAGGGUGGGGUUUUUGGUGUGGGUUGUUGGGUUUUGUGGUGAUUUCUUCUUACUCUGUAAUUUCUCUUUGAAUUCUUUUUUAUCUGGUUUUUUGGGAGCGAGUGAGUAAGCGGCCCUUGUUUUAUUUCAUGUAAUCUCUUCCUCUCUUCUUUUGUUGGCGUGAACCAGGUGUUUGGGGCUAGCGACGAAAUAUCGGUUCUCAUGAAUUUUGAAUAUACCUGGGAGGUUGGAGCUUGGGUGGGUAUCAUUGCAAAAUAGGAUGGGAAAGUUUGUAGUUUGUAGUUUGUGGUUAGAUACACUAUAUUGAUGAAUAGAG